AUGGACAUUGAUGACUACUGGAAUCGAGAGAUUAGCCGAUAUUCUGAUCAUCUGACAAUCUGGUUAGACAGAUACAUCUGUCGCCCGGGGGAAUACACGGCAUUAAAAAAUAGAUUUCAAAACGUCAUUCAACCGCUGAACACAUUAAAUUCCGAAGAAGCAGAAGUUGACGAAUGGACUACAACAUUCCUAGAUCCAGAAAUGUUGAAUAAACUAAAGGAUACUGUUUAUUGUUUGAAACCAUUUUUCGAAAUCCACACUUGUCUCGAGUUUAUUUAUGAAAAUAAGGAUAAAAAAGUAUUUUUCAUUUCAUCGGGUUCAAUGGCUAAAUUCAUUGUGCCACAGAUUGCCGAAUUACCACAGAUUCAUGGGAUCUACAUUCUGCGCGAUGACAUUUCGUGUUAUGCAUCCGACUGGGCACAAGAGUACUCCGAUUAUAUAGAUUCAAUGUUUGAUCAUGAAGAUGAUUUACUCAUGCGUGUAACAAUAGAUAUUGCUAAAUAUUUGGAGAAAAAAGGCGAUGAUUACAUGAGACUGUCAGACAAUGCAAAAGCGCACAAUUGUUAUACGUGGGCAAUUAAAUUAAUAUUGCGCACGCGAGAUAUGGGUAAUAUAAAUUAUCGUCAAAUGCAUGAGCUGCUAAUGAAAAAACUUGAUGAAGCGGAAAGAAAUGAUGAAAUAAUGCCAAUGCCAGAUGACUGA